AUGAAGAGACGAUUCGCUAUUUUAGAUGAUGAACCUGAAUCUGAGAUUGAGUUUCAGCAUCUGUUUGUUUCGAAUUAUCAUCUUGAAGAUGACGAUGAUGAACCUGUGUCUUUUUUUGUUUUGUCGAUUCAAUGGAGUGAUUACGAGGUUUCUAAUGUUGAUGAUGACAAAAGAGGGAAGAUAUUCCUACACGGAUCUUCUGAUAGUGGACUGCAGAAGAUUUUCAUGCAUGUUACUGCUUGGAAGUUUGAUAUUUCUGGUUUGAAACCUGAGGUGUUGUUGCUAUCAAUGGAUGAAAGGUGGAUCAAGCUUCAGAAACCAAGGAAAAGCUUUCAGGAAACUGUUAAAACUAUUUUAAUUACGCUUUACUUUCUUCACUGUGUUAAGAAAAAAAACCUCGAUUAUCUACUGUGUCUUUUUGGAGUAACUUGUGUAAGGAUAGAGAUUUGA